AUGGCUUCCUCCACGUGGGUCCCUGACGUUGAUCCUGGCAGCGACUUCUCCCUCGCUAACAUCCCCUUUGGCAUCGCCGCUACAUCCAGCGACGAAGCUCCUCACGCCGUGACCGCCAUUGGCAAUCAUGUCCUUGAUCUGAAGAGACUACUUGACCAAAAGGAUGCUGACAGCGUGUUUCCGUAUCUCAAGGAGCAUGGCAACGUCUUUGACUCUGCCACUCUCAACAAGUUUGCGGAACUGGGAAGGGACAUCCACCGCCAGGUGCGCAGUACCAUCCAGGACCUGCUGUCUGUGGACACCAAGCACCCCGAAUUCCUCAAAGACAAUUCAGAACUGCGCGAACAAGCUCUCAUACCGAAGGCGAAGGUAAAGAUGCACUUGCCGAUGCACAUUGGUGACUACACGGACUUCUACGCGGGAUAUCACCACGCUUUUGGUGUGGGGUCCAUGUGGCGCGGCCCAGCCAACGCCCUACAGCCGAAUUACACGCACUUGCCCGUUGGCUACCACGGGAGGGCGUCCAGUAUUGUUGUCUCGGGACACCCUAUCAAACGGCCGGUCGGGCAGAUUGUCAUCGAUCCGGCCGCAGAGCCAAAGCAGCCCACUGUCAGGCCAAGCCAGAAGCUGGACAUUGAGCUCGAGCUGGGUUGCUUCAUCGCCAGGGGCAAUGAGAUGGGGACGCCCAUUGAUGUGAACAAGGCAGAGGAGCACAUUUUUGGCUACGUCUUGUUGAACGACUGGAGUGCGAGGGACAUUCAGAACUGGGAGUACGUGCCCCUGGGACCAUUCAACGGGAAGAAUUUCGCCUCGACGAUAAGCCCGUGGGUUAUAACGCCAGAUGCGUUGGAGCCGUUCAGGAGCAAAGGCAUUGAGCUCGAGGGCAAACCCGAGCUGCAAGAUUACCUCAAGGAGGCGAAGCCGGAGAACGUGUUCGACAUUCAGUGCGAGAUUGAUCUGACAACCCCUGAGGGUGACACCACCACCAUCUCCCGGGUUUCCACAAAGAAUCUUCUGUGGUCCUUCCCUCAAAUGCUGGCGCAUCACACCUUGGGUGGGUGCCCCAUGAGGAGUGGCGACCUGCUCGCCUCAGGCACCAUCAGCGGCACGAAACCGUCCGAGCACGGCAGUCUGCUGGAGAUGAGCGAGGGCGGGAAGAAGGAGGUCCUCCUUGCUGGCAUGGAUGCGCGCAAGUUCUUGAAGGACGGCGACACGAUCACCCUAAGGGCGACGAGCGGCGAGGACGGCAAGAAGGUCGGCUUUGGUGAAUGCACUGGGAGGAUAUUUAGUGCAGUGAGUCGGUAA